ACUAAGCCUUGAAUAUUGCUCUUGAGUGUAGAUUUAGGGUGCUUCUCAAUUCUUAUUUGUGCAUCCUCAUUUCCUUUCCUCGCAUCUUAGCUCCACCCCUUCAGGAGGCGAGGGAAGGACGCAAGGAAAAGACUUGAGGAUCGAGGAAACCAUCAUCAGCUGUGCUAAUGAGAUCUGCCCUUAAGUUGUUAAAGUUGGUUAAGACAAAUGUGAAGGGGGAGGAGAAUUUAUACGUGUGUCAGGUUUUUCAAUGAAAAACAGUUCCUCAAAAGAUACACCUUUGUAUCCUCACUCAUAGCUCCUCAGGAAGCCUCCUCACUCCUCGAGGAAAUGAGGCGAGAUAUUGAGAAGCACCCUUAGUGUGCAAUAAGGGUACUGCGUUUUGGCAUUUUUAAGAUCUGGACAGUCUUGAGCACUUAAUUCCUGUCGUGCGCAUGUGCUCUCAAGUGGGCAAGACUGCAAGGUAUUUGGACAAGGCUAAGGUCUUUGGGAUGACAAGAAAUUACUGGCAGAUGAGUUUGAUCAAGGUUAGAGGUAAACUCUUCAGGAAAGUGGACCCUGAGGACCAGAGUUGAGAGCCCCUGACUUAUUAUUUCAAUUGCAAGAGGUGCGUCUGGUGAUCAAUGAGAAGGGGUUGCUGUGUGAAGAACGGGAUGUCAGUCUGCCUCUCACUGAGCACAAGGAGCCUUGGUUUAUGAGGCUCAACCUAGGGGAAGAAGUGCCGGUUUUCAUCCACGGAGACACCAUUGUCAGUGACUACAACCAAAUCAUUGAUUAUAUAGAGACCAGCUUUAUCGGAGACACAGUAGCCCAGCUGAUUCCAGAUGAAGGAACUCCCAUGUAUGCAAGGGUACAUCAGUACCGAGAGCUGCUGGAUGGGCUGCCUAUGGACGCUUACACACAUGGAUGCAUCCUGCACCCUGAACUCACAACCGACUCCAUGAUCCCAAAGUACGCCACUGCUGAAAUACGUAGACAUCUGGCCAAUGCAGCAUCUGAACUGAUGAAGUUGGACCAUGAGGAACCCCAGCUGACAGAACCAUACCUCUCCAAGCAGAAAAAGCUCAUGGCGAAGAUCUUGGACCAUGACAAUGUGAACUACCUGAAAAAAAUUCUUGGUGAGUUGGCAAUGGUGCUAGACCAAGUAGAGGCAGAGCUGGAAAAAAGAAAACUGGAAUAUCAAGGUCAAACGUGUGAAUUAUGGCUUUGUGGACCUACUUUUACAUUAGCUGAUAUUUGUCUUGGAGCCACAUUACACAGGCUCAAAUUCUUGGGACUCUCAAAGAAAUACUGGGAGGACGGAAGCCGUCCGAACCUGCAGUCGUUUUUUGAGCGGGUGCAGAAGCGCUACGCUUUCCGCAAGGUGUUGGGGGACAUCCACACGACCCUGCUCUCUGCAGUUCUACCCAACGCAUUCCGAAUGGUAAAAAAGAAGCCGCCAUCCUUCUUUGGUGCAUCCUUCUUAAUGGGCUCUCUCGGGGGGAUGGGUUAUUUUGCCUAUUGGUUUUUAAAAAAGAAAUACAUGUAGUGAAUGUGCGCUUGUAGUGUUAUGUGUCUGUGUAUGACGCUCGAACUUUCGGUAACACUGUUUUG